AUGAGAGGCCUUCAGGUUUUGAAUGUUUCCAACAACCAAUUGUCUGGCCAAAUCCCAAAAUUUCUAGAGUCAUUAAAUCUGACAAAUUUGAGCCUAUCUUAUAAUGAUUUCGAGGGUGCAUUGCCUACAGGAGGAGUUUUCAGAAGUGCCAUUUCAACUUCGGUCAUUGGAAACAAGAAGCUUUGCGGGGGUCUCUCAAAUUUUCAACUAUCGAAAUGCUACUACAAAGAGUCAAAACGGAUGAGAAUAAGCGGAACUGCAAAAAUUCUUAUAUCUACAGUCUCUGCUCUUGUUGGAGUAGCUUGCAUAUUGUCUUUGUUAUACUUCUUCUGGUUUGGACACAAUAAGAACGCAUCAGCUUCAAGCUCUUCUGAAGAUGGGUUUUUGCAUGUUUCUUAUCACAAUCUACUAAAAGCGAUAGGUGGAUUCUUCCCCACCAAUUUGCUUGGCGUGGGAAGUUUUGGGUCCGUGUACAAAGGGCUGCUUGAUCAAACUCAGUCGAUUGUGGCCAUCAAGAUUCUUGACCUUACAUGUGGUGGAGCUUCCAAGAGCUUCAUAGCCGAGUGCGAGGUCUUGAGAAGAAUCCGACAUCGUAAUCUCGUGAAGAUACUCACGGCAUGUUCUGGGUUUGAUUUUAAUGGAAAUGAUUUCAAGGCACUAGUCUACGAAUUCAUGUCAAACGGAAGCUUGGAUGAGUGGCUGCACCCAACUGCAUCACAAUAUACAAAGAGAAACAAGUUGAGUCUACUUGAGAGAGUGAAUAUUGCAAUCGAUGUUGCUUGUGCACUAGAUUAUCUCCAUCAUAACAACUAA